CACUUGAUCAGUGCAGUUCAGUGAAGACAACAUGCAGGUGAUCAACAUGUUUUCUCCACCGUGGUUGGUUGGGGUAUUAUACUGUCUGAUGUUGAUCCCAGGUCUGCUGGAGGCAAUGUCUUUGUAUGACAUCAUCAAACAAGAGGAGUUGGCACCUGCCAAUGUAUUGAGUAUCGAUUCAGAUAAGGCCAACCAUUUCUUGACUCACUCGAGAUCAAAACGCAACGUGGACCCCAGGUGGUACAGAGGAAACCCAGACUUCCAGGCGUACUACCGCUACUACACCAGCAUCGGUCACACCGAGGGGCUGUAUGAGAUUGACAGGAUCAGGAUGCUGUACCAGCAAAUGAGGCACCUUGAGCAGGCAUACGGGCCAGACGCCUCCGUCCUCCAGAACCAGCUGGGAGUGCCCACCGUCAAGAAAUGUGAUCCCGCAACCGACAAGAAAUGCAAAGCCCCACCCCCUCCCCCUCCCGCACCAAUAAAAGGCAUACCCCUGCCCCAACUGCCUCCCCCCCCUCCCCCUCCAGCCCUCUCCCAGGCAGAUGUCCUCUACCUGUGCAACGCCAAGGAUCCCCUCUGCAAGCCACACAUCGUCUACCUCCCCACGGGAGCUGUUCCUGUGCUCUGUGACCCGCGCUACCAUCCCCACUGCAAGCCCCAGAAGUACGAGAUCCCAGCCCCCGUAGCUCAGCCUCAACCUCCUCCCCCAGCUCCACCCAAGAAGUCUACCCCGCUACCUCUACCACCCAAGAAAUCUGCUCCUCCUCCAGCUCCCAUCCGCACAUACAAGGGCAUGGAGUAUGACUGCGACCCAUACUGGGAUCCUGACUGUCUCAUCGACCACCCCGCCAGGGCUGUUAAGGGCAAGACGGCCCCUCUCCCUCCUGCGCUCCCCAUUGAGGAAGUAGAGGAAGAGCCGGUGGUGGAACCAGCACCCCCUGCAACCAUCGCCAAAAAACUGCCCUUACCCUACCCUUACCCCUACUACUAUCCCUACCCGUAUAACUACCGGGAUGAUCUCUAUGAUCCAGCUCGCUUCCAGUACCCAGACCCUGCUGAUGCAGCCUCUGACAGUGAGUAGUCCCUGGUCCCCCCUAGGCAGCAUGGAAGUCGUGGAAGAUGGAGGGGGAAGCUGUUUCUUGCCUUAAGGUUUAAGUCAACAACGUGAAUAAACUUUAUUUUUAAAUAUCAAAUACACUUUUCCUCACAGAAACAAUGAGAAUGUCAGAGCUGUACUGCUGGGGGCUAACUCUGGUGCUUUUUUAACAAUUCAAAUGCACAAAAUUGGCCUGUGCUUAGGCUAUGGUGUCGCUGAUGUUACAAUAUGUUGCUUUACCUAUGGUAAAGUUAUUACAAAGAUGUGAUCCUACUAGUUACCAUUCAUAUUUUGUGUAUAAUUAUGAUACAGUAACAAGAGUGUUGUGCAUUGACAGAUAUCAGCAUUAUCAUAAUGAUGAUUAAUAAACGUUCAAAAGGUG